AUAACUAUAUAUAUAUAUAUGCGUUGGUAUAACCAAAAACCUUUGCCUCUUCCUAGUAGAACAUUAGAACCUCCAUUGAAGAAAAACCUUCUCUGAGAAUCUUGACAAGAUUCUCUAGCCAAAGGAAACUCAUCUUUGGAUUUUUUGUAAAAACAACUUCUCCCCUCUUAAGAAGUCCAUGGCUUUUGCCUGCACCAACUCCUCCACUCGUUUUCUUAGUCAGCUCGCAGCCAAGAACUCCCCAAGUCUGAGUGUUGAGAGUAAGCAUUUUGUGAUUUCUUGCAGUGGAAGAAACUUGAAGCAAAAUGCUGUGUCUGGUGUAGUCCAGACGACAUUCGAAGUGGGUUUGGACAGCUUGGAAAGUCAAGUAACGAAAAUUCCAAAGCCAAAGGUUUUAGAUGGGAGUAGCAUGGAGCUUGAUAUUGUUUCAGAAAAGGAGUUGAGAGAGAAGGGUUUUCUGGGGUUGAGGAAGACUAAGCUGGUUUGUACUAUUGGACCAGCUAGUUGUUCUUUGGAGGAAUUGGAGAAUUUGGCAUUGGGAGGAAUGAACAUUGCUAGGCUCAAUAUGUGCCAUAACACCAGAGAGUGGCGCCAUGAAGUGAUUAGGAACAUCAAGAGGUUGAAUGAGGAAAAGGGGUUCUGUGUUUCGAUCAUGAUUGACACAGAAGGCUUUCAGAUUCAUGUAGUUGACCAUGGAUCUCCUUCAUCUGUUAAAGCAGAGGAAGAUUCACUCUGGCUAUUUACUGCUGAAAAGUUCAAUGGGUCUCGUCCAUUUACAGUUCAAACAAACUAUGAAGGUUUUUCUGAAGGUAUCAAUGUGGGUGAUGACCUUGUAAUUGAUGGUGGAAUGGCAUGCUUUGAAGUCAUUGAAAAGAUUGGAAAUGACCUUAGGUGCAGGUGCUCAGAACCUGGCUUAUUUCUUCCAAGAGCCAGAAUUAGCUUUUGGAGAAAUGGAAAGUUUGUGGAGAAGAAUCAUGAGCACCCAACUCUAUCAGAAAAGGAUUGGACAAACAUAGAGUUUGGCAUUUCUGAAGGGAUUGAUUUUGUUGCCAUGUCUUUUGUGAAUGAUGCUGACUCUAUUAGGCAUCUAAAGCAGUACCUCUCAGCCAAAUCAUCCAGAUCCAUAAGAGUUUUGGCAAAAAUUGAGAGAUGGGAAUGUCUUCAGAAACUUGAAGAGAUUGUAGAGAGUUCUGAUGGUGUCAUAAUAGGCCGGGGUGAUCUUGGAGUUGAAAUACCACUCGAAAAGAUUCCAACAGUUCAAGAGCAGAUUGUGUAUGUUUGCAGGCAACUAAAUAAGCCAGUAAUUAUAGCAGCUCAACUUCUUGAAUCCAUGGUCGAAUACCCUACUCCAACUCGUGCUGAGGUUGCAGAUGUUUCUGAAGCUGUGAGACAGUAUGUUGAUGCGCUAAUGUUGUCUAGCGAAUCAGCUAUUGGAAUGUAUGGUAACAAGGCUCUUUCUGUCCUUAAGAUGGUCUGCAAUCGAAUGGAGCUAUGGAGUCGCACUGAAAACCAGCAACCUUUCAUCAAGCUGCGCCAACUCGGUGUCUCGUCGCCUGAUCGCAUUGCUGAGCAGAUUUGCAAUUCUGCUGCUGAAAUUGCCAACAACCUUGCUGUGGAUGCCAUCUUUGUCUACACAAACCAUGGACAUAUGGCAUCUUUGCUGUCAAGAAAUCGCCCGAACCCUCCCAUAUUCGCGUUCACGAAUGAUGAAAGCACUCGUAAGGCUUUGAAUUUGCAAUGGGGAGUGACUUCUCUACUUGUUGAUUUGUCAGAUGACAUGGAAGCUAACAUCUCAUCUACUAUAAGGCUUAUAAAAUCACAAGGAUUAUUGAAAGAAAAAGAUACUGUUUUGGUGGUCUCAGAUGUCAAUCCUACACUCACUACUCCAGUCACAAUAUUCCAAUCAAUUCAGGUAAAGACCAUUGGUGACACUUGACUCAAACCAUACCCAACAAAAUGGUUAAGUUAAAAGAGUGGAAUAGCAGAAAGAUCAGAAAAAGUGUGUGUGAGAUUUUGUAAUCAUUUGAAUGUCUUAUUAGGUGUAUGUAUGGAGUCACGUGUCUUGCACGUGCUUAUUUUUGUGAGAAUAAUUUGGCUGUAUCUGUAUAUAUUGAGAGCAAACCUGUAGCUAGCAUCAUCAAUAAACAAGUUGUUCUCUUUCUAAUCACAAAUGUUAGACCAUGGUUUA